AUGGACUCGAAUAUAACAACAGGAAGUUUCAUAUAUUUAAUCAUUUGGUUUGUAUCAUGUAUUUUCUUUUGUCUCCUGUUCGCAAGAGAAGGAAAAAUAUCUAGAAUAGAUUUGGUGAAACUCAUUGUGACAUUAGUCUCCUUGGCAGUUUUCUGUUUGUGGAUAUUUUGGAUUUGCGUAUAUAUUUCUCAGCUCAACCCAAUGAUCUUACCCAUACGGAGAGUAGUGAAGGAGUAA